AUUUAACGAUGUCAAAAAGGCCAGAAGUGAAUUUGACUUGCAAUCAAUUAAAUUUUCAGUGUUAAUAACCCUUUUCACGUAAAACUCAAUAGAAUUUAAUAGGUAGUCCAAUGAAUAGUGUAUUUGAGAUUGAAGGAAAGAAAUUAUAUUUGGGUAAUAUUAUUGCAGCAAAUGAUUCUAAAUAUCUACAAAAAAAUAAUGUUGGAGCAGUAUUAUCAAUUAUUGAUACAAGUGAUAUCAAAUUAGAUAGAUCGAUAAUUCACUUAGUAUAAAAUAUUAAUAUUAAAUUAGUGGAUUGUAGCUGAAGAUAGAGAAGAUGUUCAAAUAACAAGAUAUUUUGAAUAAGCAGCCAACUUUAUUCGAGAUCACUUAAAACAUACAAAUGUUCUGGUUCAUUGUUAUGCUGGAAUAUCUAGAUCUAGCUCUUUAAUUAUUGCUUAUUUAAUUAAAUAUGCAGGAUUUUCAUUAAAAGAAGCAAUUACAAAACUCAAAAGUUAAAGGCCAUAAGUCGAUCCUAAUGAUGGAUUCAUGGAAUAACUUAAAUAAUUUGAAUUUAAAGUAAAAAACUCUAAAUUAACUAAAAGUGAAAAUAGAACUAAUAGUGUUUGUAAAUUCUUAAAUAUUAGUGUUGAAAAAAAUAAUAAUUAAUGCUAAUAGAUUAAUAAUGGAAUUUAGAGCUUUAAUAUAUAUAGCAGAUUAAAUACUACUUCUAAUAACAAAGGAAAAUAAAUAAAUCUUUAAAAUUUAACACUUUAAAAAACAAAGAUAUCCUUUUUAGAUAAAACUUAAAGUCCUAACAAUCUAAGCACUUCAAACAAAAUAGGAAAAACUUUCAUUUCGAAUAACUUUCAAGAGGAUCCAUUCAAAUAAUACUAGAAAAUUAAAAAUUCUUAAAAUCUAUUUAAUCAAUAGAUUUUAGGAAUAAAAAAUAUUUUUAGUCAACAUGGAAGAUUUCAUUCUCAAAAUUAUUGA